UGGAAAUGCUGCUUCAGCCCAAAUCUGUGAAUGCUCAGGAGUGAAUGCUCAGGAGUGACUUUUGGACUUUGCUGCUCACAACAUCAGGUCAAAACAUGGGUCGCUACCUCAGCACCAACUUGUGUUCAAGUUCUGUGAACAAGACUUUGAGGUCAUACUGCAAAAUUAGGUACCUAAUGAGCCUUCUCAGAAAGUACCCUCGCCUGGCUAAAGCACCACUCGGCCUGGACCUCCACAGAAAUUCACAGCUGUCGCCUUGUCAUCCUUCCAGAUUUGCAAGAAUACCUAAUGUGAAGAAUUUAAAGCGCAGUGAAACAAGCUCUACCUCUUACCUGGUCCACAGAGAUUUUACCAAAGAAAUUAAGCAUCUCCAGUUUGUGCGUCUUUACUCAUCUUCCAAUAGAAGUUCAUUCAAAGCUGAGGCCCCGAUUGGGAUCUUUGAGGAGGCUCACAACAGUUUUAACUUGAGUUCUCUGGGAGGACGUCUCGGUCAGUCAUUUACUCGAUUGUCUAGACACAUUAACAUUUAUUUCAAGAGAAAGGAGGUUGUACCUGUAGCUGAAAAUGCCUGUCUUGUUGUCACAACUCCAGGCUAUCUUGGCAGGUCACAGAGGCAUAGUCAAAGUCAUCGGGCAGCCAGAGAGCGAAAAAUCUCUGAGGGCAAAGACACAACGCAGACCUUGAAAUGCAAAGACAAACAGGAGAGCUCCGGAGCAAGUCCUGCAACGCAGGGAAAUUCUGGGCUGCAACUAUUUCACAUCAGCCCUGUGGCAACAACAUUUGGUGAGAGCUACAGUUAUGUUGCCAAUCACAUUAACUCAGUAUUCUCUCGUGGUUCUGCAAAAGUUGAAAUGCAGGAGAAUUUGGACACCACGUCUUCCACCCGAGGGAUAAACCGGAGGCAGAAUAGGAGAAAAAUGCAAAAUACUUACAUCACAAACCCUCAAGAAACUGAAGUGUUGGAAGUGAAAUCAGGCGCUGAUCAGGCAGCAGUGCAACCUAACAGUUUCUCCAGCAGCUGGGAGGAGGGUUACCUUCACUUUGCGCGACACAUCAAUAAAUACUUUGGUGCAAAGGUUACGGAUGAAGUUGGCCAAGAUCAGCAACAACUUCCUGUGGAAAAGAAUGACACUUGCAAAAAACACUUUUCAACACAACCUACCUCACAAACUCAUGGUGCCAUGUCACAACCGAAGCAAGAAGAACCUAUCACCCCUGAAACUAGAGGUCUUUUCCACAGCAGCCAAAACACCACUAGCUUUGGGGAGAACUAUUUCCAAAUGGCUGAUCACAUCAAUCAGUAUUUCAAAGGUCAAAGUGGAUUGGAUGAGGACACUGAUAGAAAUCUCCCAAUAGAGACGGACCUUGGAUCAGCUACCUCUGAGAGACUGAAGACUGUAUCCUUUAUGGACUGCCUUCGCCACCCUACAAGUACCAUCCCUGACUUGCUGGGAUCUUAUCUAAAGCUGGGCCCCCUGACCCAGACUGGUAAGGCCAAACCUGCCAUGACGUCACCAAAGGCAAUACUGAAUAAAAAGUUCGUCUUGAGUCGAAGGCAGGCAGAGGAAGUGACACGGGGGUUUAUUGGCAGUCUGGCACAGGCUUCAUCUCCAGAGGCUCUGACCGCCUGCGUGGAGGCGCUCAAUGAACACCUUAUCCGUUACCCAUCAUGCAAAGUGUUAAUGUGGCAGGAGAAAACUGCAGUCACGUUGUUGAGAAAGCGACGGAGCUACAGCGACAACCAGGUGCUUCAGAGCGCCUUGAGAGAAACCUUAGCUCUGAUUGGCUACAUGGAUCCGGUCAAAGGUCGUGGCAUUAGAGUGCUCUCAAUUGAUGGUGGUGGCACAAGAGGUGUCGUGCCUUUGCAGGUGCUAAAGCUACUGGAAGCAGAGACAGGCAAGAAGAUCCACCAGCUGUUUGACUACAUCUGUGGAGUGAGCACAGGUGCCGUUCUAGCCUUCAUGCUGGGUCUGGCCCAUUUUUCUCUGGAGGAGUGUGCUGACAUGUAUCGUCGGUUUGGCUCCGAAGUGUUUCGGCAGAAUCCGCUGGUUGGCACUGUGAAGAUGGGCUGGAGUCACUCUUACUAUAACACUGAGACCUGGGAGGCAAUUCUACAGGAAAAGCUGGGACAUAGAGUACUUAUUAAAACAGCCAGAGAUGAGUUGAGUCCAAAGGUUUCAGCAGUCAGCGCAGUGGUAAACUGGGGUACCAGUCCAAAGGCCUUUGUCUUCCGCAACUACAACCACAAACCAGGCGCUCUCAGCCGCUAUGCAGGAGCCUCAGGCUGCCAGAUGUGGCAGGCGGUGCGAGCGUCAUCCGCUGCACCAGGAUACUUCCAGGAGUUCACCUUACAAAGUGACAUUCAUCAGGAUGGAGGAAUUAUCCUGAACAAUCCCUGUGCCUUGGCUGUUCACGAGAGCCGUCUACUGUGGCCCAACCAGCCCUUCCAGUGCGUGCUGUCCCUUGGCACCGGUCGCUAUGACAAUGUUAAGAGGGCACCCGCCACGUCCACCAGCCUGAGGGCCAAAAUCAGCAACCUGAUCAGCAGCGCCACCGACACCGAAGGGGUCCACACCCUUUUGGACGACCUGCUGGCUCCGGAUGUGUACUUCCGCUUCAACCCCAUGUUGAGUGCUGUGGUGUCCCUGGACGAGAGCCGGCCGAGGGCCCUGGACCAGCUCCAGAGAGACACCCAGAACUACCUGGAGAGAAACCGGCCCAAGCUGGCCAGGCUCUGCUUGGUGCUCGGGGCAGAGCGCUCAGCUGUCAGCAGGACUAAGGACUGGAUGAGUGAGAGGGCCUGGGAGAUGAAGCAGAGAUGGGUGUGAGUAGGUACAGAAUGAGGCAUGUCUACAUGUAGAUGCACAUAUACAGGGUGUGAACAAAAUAACGGAAACACCUCUAAAGUCACCCUGAUAUAAAAAAAAAAAAACACUUGAAAUCCAGGAGAAGUCAGUGGUAAUGAUUUAUCUCAACAAGUAUUGGAUGGAUUGCCAUGGAAUUUUGUACAGACAUCCAUGAUCCACAGAAGAUGAAGCCCAUUGAAUUUGGUGAUCCUCUGACUUUUCCUUUAGCGCCCCCAUGAGGUGCUUUUUUUGUUUUGGACGAAAUGUCUCCUCACAUGUUGGAUGGAUAAUUCCCAUGAAACUUGUGCGACAUUCAUGUCCCCCUCAGGAUGAAUUAUAAUAAGUUUGGUGAGCCCCCGACUUUCCAUCUAAUGCAAUCAUCAGGUCAAAAUGUUAAUAUGUCCAAAAUACUACCUUCAGCUGUCCAUCAGCCUCUGCUGUAUUUUGUGUUUAGUGCUAAUUAACCGAUGUUAUGCAAACACACUAAACUGAGAUGGGGAACAUGGUAUUAAACCAGCUAAACAUAUGCAUGUUAGUAUUGUUAGUGAGCAGGUUAGCUUGCUUAGCAUUGUGCUUAACUGUUGUGCCUAAGUACAAUUUCACACAGCCACUACUAAGGCUUGGUAUCAGGAGGCGUUUCAUACAUGUAAACACGAACCAAAGUGUCAGUUUCUUUCUGUUUUACACGCGUAAUCACAGUGAUUGAGUGCUGGGCUCUGAGUGCUGCCAAAACAUGGUGGCCUACACUCAACACUGUGCCUGAACGCACCCUGUGUAGACAGAUAAAGCACCGAAGCUGCUGCUAACAUGCUGCUUUGGCUGAGCAGGCUGAGCAUGCUGUUGGUUCAGGCUUUAGUUUGCAGUGUUGUUAAUCAAAUAUCUUGUCGAGGGUCUACUCAGAUCAAAUGUACUGAAACAGGAUGUUGUCAACAUGCCUCGCUUACAUCGUGUAUCAUUUGGUUUGAGGAUUUCUUGGCAUAGACGCACAGAACAAAUGAAAGAAGCACUUUCAUGCACUUUAUUUAAAAAUCUUUGUGUGAUGUGCACAUGUGAUUUAAUUGAGUAUCUGAUUGUUACUGUCUGUGCAAAUGUUGCCUGUAAUAUAAGCUAUAAAUAAUACUUUCAUGUGACAUUACAGCUAAUAUAGUAUAUUAUUC